UUUUGUAUAUCACGAUGCUGCUAAUAAAAAUAUUAGAAUCGAUGUGGAAAAAUAUCUCGAUAAGGCAUCGAUAGAUAGUACGGUUCAGUUUAGAACGGGAUUAGUUUGGCAUAUGUCUGUUAUGUGUAAUGUAUCCAUGCGAGAAAGCUGCAUUGCGAUACUAUUGAACUUAAAAGGGAAAACAUAAUUACGCAAAACUUUGUUUUCACGUAGAAAGAUGAGUAUCAUGCUUCGAGCAAAACUAUGGUCUAUUGUACAGUCAACAAUGAAUCAAAGGGAGAAUAUUCAUUUCGACGGUUCAGUCAUAAGAAAGACGAAAAUACACGAUCGUAUCUCAAAUAUGUUUUAAUAUUUUUGUCACGAGUGACCGAGACGUUCUUAAAAGAAAAAACAGAACCUUUUUGAAAACGGGUGCACAGAAAUGAAGUCGACGACAUUCUUGAUGAAACGGAAUUCUCAUUUUCGUACUGAUAGUAUAACGCAGAAAACUGAUCAAGAUGUGUAAUUGUAUAUUUAUUUACAAAGUCAAAUUGAUGAACGUGAUCUUUAUUUCGAAUGGUUUAUACCUCAUAAUUACGAAUAUCGUGAGAUAAAAAGUGAUACACUUCUGUCUACUAUAACCGUUCAAACCACACAUGGAAUUAGAGCAUUUCAUAUCUCAUGUAAUGAUACAUUAAUGUAUCAAUGUUACUGAUACAGUAAUAAUAAACAGUAUUUAUUGUUAUGCUUCUUGCAUAUUAUGUUCUUACGUUUUUGACACAACAAAGUAAAACAAGUGACAAUAGGGUUAAAGUGUGUAUGCUUUGAAAAAUUUCAACUUCUGUAGCGUAAAUAAUAUAGAUGUUAAGGAAUUCCUUUCCAAUAUAUUUAAAAUUGAUGCUUCUUGUAAAGAAUCAAACACUGUUUUCUACCUAAACAACAAUGAAUGAGAUGAACUCAACAAGUGUUACGAAUUCCGCAACAUCUGGAAUGUUAGUUGACAGCAUUAAAAAUUAUACUAUGACAACUACUAUGGCAACUAAUAUAUCCAGCGAAAUAUCUGAAGCAUAUGUGAAUUCUACAGAAGAAAAUGGAUUGUGGAAUAUUUCUAAGGCCAUAACAUCAUUGCCUAAUAGUACAAUUGUUUCCUUUGAACCUUCAAGUACCAAUAUAUAUGUAUCUACAACGACAGAAAUUUUUGAUGAAUUUGGCCCACCAGAUGGAAUAGAAUACAUUUUUGUACCACUUGGUGUAGUGGUCUUUGUUAUUGUAUUAUCAGCUGUGGUAUGGGUAAUAAUUAUCUCAAGGAAAAGAAAAUUGGAACGUUUAAGGCAUAGACUUAUGCCAAUGUAUAAUUUUGAUCCUGGUGAAGAAGAAGAAGAUGAUUGGGAAACUGAAUUAUUAGAAGAAUGUUACAGUAAUCAUCAGAGACGUCAAGGGUAUCAAUCUAUGGAUACAGAAGAAAAUGCUGAACUCUUUGGAAAUCAUUGACAAAGUAUUUAUAAUAGUCUUUUAAAAUCUUUGUAUUAUCUACAACUAUCUUAGAUUUAAAAAGUUAACUAUUUAGUAGAUUUAUAUAUUUACUAAAUGUUUAAAUAAUUUGUAUAUAUCUUUCAAUUCAAAAGAUAAAAUCUAAAUUCAUAAAUUUUAUAUAUGAGAAAAUAUUCCAGAAUAUAUCUAAAUAUUAGAAUUUAAUCUAUCACAAAUAGAUAUUAUGUGAUAAUAUAAUAGAAUUUAUUUUACUUUUUUGAAGAAUAUCCAUAAAAUGGAUAAUGCUUAACUUAAUUCUAUAAUAGAGAGUUAAAGAGACCAAAAUGACUGAGAUUUCAUUUUGUCAUUGAUAUUCAUUGUAUAUUGUUUAUAACAUUUUUCAUAAAUGUACAAUUUUUGCUAUGUAAUGAA